AUGGCCGUCGUCAUCUCUCCCCCUGACCAAGCAACCCUCCUUGCCCCUCUUCUCCCAGCUCUCCCAGCCGCAGCAGCAUCAACCCAGCCGGCGCUCCAACUCCUCCCUCUUCUCUCCCCCAUCCUCCGCCAACGAGUCCAGCUCCUCUCCGCCUCCAGCACUGAACCAUGGCUCCGUCUCCUCUGCUACGACGCCAGCAAGGCAGCCAAGCUGGCUGACAUUGCUCGCGGCCCAACCCUCGAGCCGCACCCGGUAUCCGGCGAAGUAGAGGUCGAUUGGGGUUACGACUCGGAAACACACUACAGGAGGCUCGACGAGGAGACACUGCAGGCCCUCGUCGCCCUACCGGAACUAGGUCUCGCCUUCCGCCUGGUAUACUGCGUCAACGACAAGGAGGGCGGUGGCGAUGGCUGGCGCAUUGGCGAAGUCACUAUUGCAGAGCGGCCUGGCCCGUUCUCACAGUUUGGCGGCGCGUCAAGCAUCGCCGAAGCAGAGAAGCAGUACAAGGACAAGGAAGCAAAGAGCAAAGACACGCUCCGGGUAAAUGGCACGGCCGCAAAGUCUACUCUGGGGGGCAACGACGACGAAGACGACGAUGACUACUGGGCGCGGUACGAUGCAACGCCCGCCCGAACCCCAGCCAACAAUCGCAGUCCCGCGCCAAACACCGGCGACGCACGCCCCUCCCACCACCAGCAAGAUGGUCCUCGAUCAGCUGCUGAGGACGACUACUUUGCGCAGUACGACGACGUUCAGCCCGCCAUGGACAACCACGACCCUGACGAGGAGGCUCAGGCGGCGCAGCUGUUGGGUCCCCUGGGCUUUCAGCAGAACCCUGCGGCUGCCGAAGUGAAUCAGAACGGCGGCAUCCAGCAGGACGUAUCGAACGCCGAGAUUGCCCUGCAGCAUCCACGCCCCGAGUCAAGCGCCUCGUCUAACGGCUCCCGUACCGUCGCCAAGCUUGAGGAGACGGCGGGCAAGCAAGAGCAGAAUGAAUUCGGCGUGAAGCAGCACGUUUCGCGCACCAUACGCAGCUUGUACAUGCUCUCCAAGGCCAGCGGCAUCGAUAGGGAGGAGUUUGAGAGACUGGUGAAGACGGAGCUUGAUUUGCUGGGCAUCAUGGAUGAGGGUGAAUGA